AUGUUUAGAGCUAUCGCUUCUAGCCACAGAAAUAGCUUUUUGAGAAAAAUUCCAAAGGUAAGUUAUUCCACUGUAAGCGGAAACUUGUCGAAGACUGUUACUUCCAUAUUGCCAAAUGGUCUUACUGUAGCCUCGGAGACUUUACCCAAUACAAAUACAGCGACCGUGGGGAUCUUUGUGGACACCGGAUCUCGUGCUGAGAAUGAAAAGAAUAAUGGGACAGCUCAUUUUUUGGAACACUUGGCUUUCAAGGGAACAAAAAAUAGAUCUCAAACUGGCAUCGAAUUGGAAAUUGAAAAUGUUGGUUCCCAUUUGAACGCUUACACAUCUAGGGAAAAUACCGUUUAUUACGCUAAGUCUCUAGAGCAAGAUAUUCCAAAGGCCGUUGACAUUUUAGCAGAUAUUUUGACACGGUCUGUCCUUGACCCCAAGGCUAUUGAAAGGGAAAGAGAUGUUAUUAUAAGAGAAUCUGAAGAAGUAGACAAAAUGUAUGAUGAGGUGGUGUUUGACCAUCUUCAUACCAUAACUUAUAAAGAUCAACCCUUAGGUAGAACUAUUUUGGGACCAAUCAAAAACAUCAAGAGUAUUCAAAGAACUGAUUUGCAAGAAUUCAUCGAAACUCACUAUACCGGUGACAGAAUGGUUCUUGUUGGGACAGGUGCUGUAAACCACGACAAGUUAGUGGAAUAUGCUGGGAAGUACUUUGGACAUGUUAGAAAAUCUGAAACCCCUGUACCUUUAGGUUCUCCAAGAGGCCCAUUGCCUGUAUUUCAUGGUAAUGAGCUAAAAAUUAAGGAAGAAACCUUACCAACGACACACAUUGCUCUCGCAGUUGAAGGUGUUUCUUGGUCAGCACCUGAUUACUUCACUGCUUUAUGCACACAAGCUAUCAUAGGUAACUGGGACAGAGCGUUGGGGACAGGUACGAACUCUCCUUCUCCUCUUGCAGUUGCUGCAUCCGAAAAUGGUACAUUGGCAAAUUCUUAUAUGUCAUUUUCUACAUCUUAUGCCGAUUCUGGAUUAUGGGGUAUGUACAUCGUGACUGAUUCUCAACAGCAUAAUGUGAAACGGAUAAUUGAUGAAAUCUUGAAAGAAUGGAAGAGGAUCAAAGCUGGGAACAUUUCUGAAGAGGAAGUAAAUAGGGCGAAGGCUAGAUUAAAGGCAUCAUUAUUACUUUCUUUGGAUGGCACUACAGCCAUAGCGGAAGACAUUGGAAGACAAAUAGUAACAACUGGCAGAAGGCUUUCCCCGGAAGAAGUCUUUGAACAGGUGAAUAAAAUUACGAAAAACGACAUAGUGAUGUGGGCUAACUAUAGACUACUUAACAAACCUGUCUCUAUGGUGGCUUUAGGAAAUGUCACUACAGUGCCUUCUCUCUCAUAUGUCCAGAAUAACAUGAAUAAUUAA